GCUCUCUGCUUUAAAAACCUCCAGCCCACAACGUUUUCUCCCUCUCUUCUCUGCACGCUGACUCAACACCAGAGAGGGAGGAAGCUCUCCAGACCUCCUCAGACUCGUCCUUUUGUUCUCUCGCUCCCUUUCAUGUCUGCUGAGACUUCUUAAAAAAAAAAAAAAAGGAUCCUCAGAGUCUGGCAGCAUCGGACGACUGACUCUGUGCAUCUGAAGGUCAGAUGUUCGAUCCAGAGCCGUUUUUUUGAAGAUAAUUUUUUAAGAUUCUGAGCUUCUCCUGGUGUGCAUGUGGUCUGCUUCAUCUCAGUCUGCGUUGAUUUAACUGGAGAAGAAGAAGAAGAAGAAGAAGAAGAAGAAGAAAUGAGGGCUGAGGCGGCGGUGGUGGUGUUGCUGGGUUUGAGUCUGUGCUGUGCUCAGGUCUUCCCUCAGGAAGACGUGAAGGAGAAGAAACUCUCCGGGGGUCGGAUGCAGGUGAGAGAAACGCGAGGAGAGGUGAGGACGGACGGGAGGCAGAGGGAGCGAGGAGGAGACGAAGAGGGGGCUAGGAUGUCAGACGAGCCGGCUGAAGUGGUGGAAGAGGAGCGGACUAAACCAAAGAAGAAGAAAACACCUGAGGAGAUCGAGGCAGCCAGGGCAAAGAAAGCGGCGGACAAAGAAGCCAAAGCAAAGAAGCAGAAAACCCCGAGGCCGACCAGAAAGCCAAAAUCCCCAAAACCCACCAAAAAACCCAAACAACCAAAACCAACCAAGAAGCCAAAGGCGCCCAAAGCCACCAAGAAACCACAGACGACCACCACGGUCCAGACCGAGAUCAGGCGCCCGUCUCUGGACGAGGAAGAGGAGAAGAUAAUGAUUGAACUGGGCUGGGACACGAUGUUUCGACCUGUGACCCCGAAGAGUCCUGAGACCUGGGAGGAGCCCGUCGAGCCGGACCUGGAUGAGAUCCCUGCUGGAUACCCCAAAAAAGAAGCCACAACUACAGAGGUUAUCAUGUACAUACCAGAGGAAACCACUGUUGUCCCGUACAUCGGCCCGUGGUAUGAAGAAUAUGAUUACGCAGAUUUGGCCGCUAAGAAGCAAGAAGAGGAGGAGGAGAGAGCGAGGAAGGAAAAGGCAGAGAAAGCUGAGCGGCUGAGGAAGCAGUGGGAGGAGGAGGAGGAGGAGAGGCUGAGGCAGAUGUCAGUGCCUGUGGAACCAAAAAACUGUCCUCCUCUGGGUUUGGAGUCCCACCGGGUGGAAGAAGACCAGCUGCUGGCCUCCUCUCAGUCCCACCACGGCUUCACGGCUCAGAGGGGACGACUCAACAUGCAGGGCUCAGAUAACGAGGACGACCUGUACGGCGGUGCGUGGUGUGCAGAGCCGGAGGACAUGAGCCACUGGUUUGAGGUCGACGCCCGACGGGAGGUGGAGUUCACAGGAAUCAUCACUCAGGGGAGAAACUCUGAUACAGUUGAGGAUUUUGUGUCGACCUACUUUGUGGCCUUCAGUAACGACAGUCGUGACUGGACAACUCUGCACGACGGCUAUGCUGAAUGGUUGUUUUACGGGAAUGUGGACAAAGACACGCCAGUGAUGAGUCAGUUUGCCGUUCCUGUCGUCGCACGCUACAUCCGCAUCCUGCCUCAGAGCUGGAAUGGCAGUUUGUGUCUCCGAGCCGAGGUCCUCGCUUGUCAGCUUCCAAGCAGCCACCGCAGUGAGAACGAGGUCACCUCAACAGACGACCUGGACUUCAGACACCACAACUACAAAGAGAUGAGACAGAUGAUGAAAGUGAUAAACGAAGAGUGUCCAAACAUCACAAGGAUCUACAACAUCGGGAAAAGCUCUCAGGGCCUGAAGAUGUACGCCAUGGAGAUCUCCGACAACCCCGGAGAACACGAGACAGGUGAACCUGAAUUUCGGUACACGGCUGGUCUUCACGGUAAUGAGGCGCUCGGUCGGGAGCUUCUUCUCCUGCUGAUGCAGUUCUUGUGCAAGGAGUACAACGAUGACAACCCAAGAGUGCGCCGCCUGGUGGAAGGUGUGAGAAUACAUCUGGUGCCCUCGCUUAACCCGGAUGCUUACGAGCUCGCCUUUGAGAUGGGCUCAGAAAUGGGGAAUUGGGCACUGGGCCACUGGACUGAAGAAGGUUACGACAUCUUUCAGAACUUCCCAGACCUGAACAGCCUUUUGUGGGGAGCCGAGGACAGAGGCUGGGUCCCUCGUAUCGUGCCCAAUCACCACAUUCCCCUCCCAGAUAACGCCCUCAAUGGCUCUCUUGCCACUGAGACUAAAGCCAUCAUUUCCUGGAUGGAGCGCACACCGUUCGUGCUCGGAGCCAAUUUGCAAGGAGGAGAAAAACUGGUCGCGUACCCUUUUGACAUGCAGCGUCCACCAAUUUCUCAAUCAGAUAACCGCCGUUGGAGAACGAAUGGCGAGAUGAACGAGGAAACGUGGGCUCGCAUUCAGCGGCAGAACGAGGGAGCUCUGAGAGAGACGCCGGACGACGCCAUGUUCCGAUGGUUGGCGAUGUCGUACGCCCACAGCCAUCUGACCAUGGCGGAUACGUACCGGGGCUCCUGCCAUGGUGAUGAUAUCACAGGGGGACAGGGCAUCGCCAACAGAGCCAACUGGAAGCCAGUGGUGGGCAGUAUGAAUGACUUCAGCUACCUGCACACAAACUGCUUUGAGCUGUCCGUCUUCUUGGGCUGUGACAAGUUUCCUCAUGAAAGUGAACUUCCCCUCGAGUGGGAGAACAACCGCGAGGCUCUGCUGUCCUUCAUUGAACAGGUAAACCGGGGUAUAAAAGGUGUUGUGAGAGACACGGAGGGAAACCCGCUGUCUAAUGCGACCAUCACCGUGGAGGGAAUACGCCAUGAUGUCAGAACUGCUCUAGGAGGAGAUUACUGGCGUCUGUUGAAUCCCGGAGAGUACCGAGUGACCGCCAAAGCUGAGGGCCACACCCCUCAGACCAGACUGUGCAUGGUGGGCUACGACUCCGGAGCCACUCCGUGCAGCUUCACUUUAGCCAAAUCCAACUGGGACCGCAUACGACAAAUCAUGGCCAUCAACGGCAAGAGGCCUAUCCGGCUCGUGCCCAAACCGAGAGUGGUGAAAACGACCCCGGUGCCCGUAGUUCAAACCACCACGGACGGUCACGCCGCCGCUCAGAGGGCGGAGAGACUCAGGCGGCUCAGGAUCAUACGGUUACGAAGGCUGCGUCUGCAGAGAUUACGAGGCGGUUUUGGUACCACUACUGCAACGACGACGACGACGACCACAACAACAACAACCACAGCCCCAACAACGAAACCAAAAACAGAGACAACGACCUCCUGGUACGACUCGUGGUUUCCUGUGGACAGUUGGUCGACUGAGAACCCGUUUGACAGCAUCAUCUUUGACUCGGGGCCCACACAGGACUAUCCUUUCGAGUACACCAUCGAUUGAUUUCUACAUUCAGUGACCUCACAUGUAUGUUACACAAACCCCUCACUUACCAUUUCAUAACGCUCCAACUUCACGGCUUCAAAACAUUUUUAAUCUUUCAAAAUGUCUUCACUUAUUUUUAGCUGUUUUCACAUCUGCACUCCUGAAAAUAUCUAGAUAAUCUCAGGAGGACUGCUCCGGAUAUUCUCCUGAUCUGGUUGUUCACACAUGCACAUACACCCGGUCAG